CUCUUUCUUGUUCUCCUCUUUCCUCCUCUCUCUACGCUCUCCGCAGAGAAGGCUCACGUACUACGUACUGAUCCAAAGAAAAGGCGAGACGAGUUUCGCCAUUGAAUGUUCGGAAUCUGAGUUACUUUAAUGUGAAUUUCUGGAAUUUGAUCAUAUUUUGCUCAAGGUCAAAGAUUGUGAUUGGAUUCCAUUGGAAGUUCUCCGUCUGAUUCGUUUGGGUUAGGGAUUUGGGGGAAAAUCCGAGCGAUGUCGAGUGCGGUGGACGAUGCCGGCAAACCGAUCCCGACGUCGGCGGUUCUGACGGCUUCGGCGAAGCACGUAGGAAUCAGGUGCAAACCGGAGAACGUGGCGUUCCUAAAAUGCAAGAAGAAUGACCCUAACCCCGAGAAGUGCCUCGACAAGGGCCGUGACGUCACUCGCUGCGUGCUUGGCAUGCUGAAAGAUCUUCACCAGAAAUGCUCGAAAGAGAUGGACGCGUACGUUGGCGGCAAUUGAUUUUAUCAUAUUCGGUUCGAUCGCUCUUUCUAUUUAGAAAGAACAUCCUUUGCUCUGAACAAGUAUUAUUUUUUGCUCUAAGCAAAUAUUUAACUGAAACCAAGUAAAACUUGCUACGGGAUGUAAAUUGUAAAGUGGGUUUGGGCAAAAACACAUUAUUUUCUGGGGAUUGGAACGACGUUGGACUAAGAUAGAUCGGGAUUUUCCCGAUUCUCUGUCAUGUGACAGGUUUGGUGAA